AUGAUAUCCGCAUCUUUGCCAGAUUAUACCCGAGUCGUUGUGACUGCGAGUUUUACAAUCAUUCACUACAUUGUUGGCUCAGUGUUUUUCGACCUUGUCCACUGGCAGUCUCACCAAAAGACGCGCAACAAGUUUGUCCGCUGGCUGAACCGGACGCACUCGGCCCACCACCAGUACUUUAACCGCCAGCUCCGAUUCAACCGCAACUUUCGAUAUGCCAACCUCGUCUCGCACAUGCCCCUCGAGUUUGCGUGCCAAGCCGUCGGCAGCUCGGCGAGCUGGCUGCUCCUGCGUCGAUUCUACCCCACGGCCGCCUACGACCUGCUCAUCGUCAUGCUGGUGCAAAUCAUCCGCACGGCCAUUGUGGCGUGGAACAUGGGCUACGACUCGAACCACAUUCCCUACCGAGUCCUCCCGAAAGAUAAAAACAACAUGAUUGUCGGUCCCGAGUACCACGUGCUGCACCACAUUGAUCCUCAAAACUACUUUGGAUCCAUGGUGCGUCUUGUCGACAUGAUAUUUGGUACGGCCACAACCCUCAAGGGCCGCCGCGUAGCCAUGACAGGAUCAAGUGGUGCUCUCGGGAGAGAGUUGACAAAGGCCUUGCAAAAAGAGCAGGUGGCGUCAAUCACGCCUUUGCGACACGGCGUUGACUGGUCCAGGAAUGACUACUCGGGCCUUGCGCCGAUACUGGCCGAGACUGAUAUUCUCGUACUCUGCCACGGCACAAAAGACAACAACGCCGCCUUGGCCAUGAACUGCACCUCGGCCGUAUCCAUCAUCGAGCUGUUCAAGCAGUCGAGGGACCGGACCAAGCCCGAGCUGAUCCCCGAGGUCUGGUACGUGGGCAGCGAAGCGGAACUGCACGGCGCGCUACCCGGCGACAAGGUCAUGCAAGCGUACGCCGAGUCGAAACGGGCCUUUGUGCCGUUUGCGAGAGCAUACUACGACGACGAGCAAAUCCUGUAUCGACACAUUGUUCCUGCGGCGUUCCAGUCUCGCAUGGGCUCGGCCAUUGUGGGAGCGGAUUGGGCGGCUCGGACGGCGAUUUGGUGGAUUCGGAGGGGAGCGCAGUAUGUGCCAGUGACUUAUACCGGCAUGGCCUUUGUCAAUUACUUUCGCUUCAUGUAUUGGGUAAAGCCGACUACCGCCGGCUCCCUAAAAGUCGAAGAAUCUCUCAAGUAA